AUGGCAUUAUCGCCUGGAGGCAUCGUCCCGGCUCAACUGGGCUUCCUCGCCAUCUUCAAUCCGUCCCUCGGGCACACGGAUGAGACGCUUGACGACCAAAUAGUGUACUAUGCCUCGGUGAGCACCCAGCGACAGAAGCGUCGCCACCGCUCUCGCACCAAGCCCACCGAGAAUAUUUCUCAAGAGGAACGCAAUGAGCGUCUCCGUCAGAUCGGCCUCGCCCAGGGCAUGGUCGAAUUCAGCAAAAGUUUUUCUGGUGGCCAGCCGGUCGACUCCAUCGAUACAGAGAAGUCGCGUGUGAUCCUCCAUGAGCUGGAGCAAGGUUGGUGGAUCCUUGCUUCCGUUGAUCUGACCCGCAUUCCCCUGCCUCCCAAACUGCAGACCGGGAAGGCCCAGGACUCUCCAGAAGAGGUCGUUGAGUUUUCGUCUAAGGAAAUAAAGCCCUCAUCUCUCCUGUUGCAGGAUAUACUCCGUGCCCAUUCCAUCUUUCUGCUUCACCAUGGCACCUCGCUCAGCGCUCUGUUUGUCCGUUCUAGGAGGACAAAGUUUCUGAGUCUUCUUGGCCGAUACUGGGACCUGUUCUUGUCAACAUGGAACGUUAUGCUGCAGGGCAACCCGGUCCGGUCUGUAUUCGGCGGCAUCAAUCUAGCCGCUUCUGGCGAACUGGGCAUUGGUGUUGGGGAAGAAGACCGGGGUAGCGGAGAACGAGACGUAUUGGAAGGUCUUGUCAGCAGAGUUGAGGGCCUCGUCGAUGUUGUUGUCAGCAAGUUUGGCUCUUUCGAUGCCGAUGGCGAGCAUAAAAAAGGCAAGGAGCCAAAGACGCCGUGGCUGGGCACAGGGCAGGAUCCAGGGCCUGAAGACGGUGCGAUUUUCCUUGGAACAGGAGCUUUGUCCCGGAAGUCGGUCAGAGACGUGUCGCAGUGGAUGGAGGACUUAUAUACUUGGGGGGAAAACGCCUACGGUGUAAUUGAAAGCCCGACUUCACUGCGCGCCGCAAGACGCCCGGAGAAAGCCGCGGCGGCUCCGGCGACUAAGUCAUCCGACAAUCAGGGCGUUCCUGCGCGGCCUCCAGUUCGGCCAAACGGUAGACGCUCUGAUUCUGGGUCCGCUUCCGGAAGCUCUGGGUCUACGAAAACGAUCGCAGAACGGCGUGGCCAGGAGAUUGGCACCGUAGAAGGAGCCAGACGGCCGGAGUUCAGCAGGGAGAGCACCACCGCUUCCGCUGCUAUUCCCACCGCCCCUCCAACACAGGAAGGAGACGGGCAUAUGGAUAAGCUAAUGACGUACAUGAAGCUUGGUUACGGCACCUACUGGUCGAUCGGCAAAUCAGAUACAUCGUCGCCUGUCAACAAGAGCCAAGUGUCCUCGGCUGCCGCCCUGCAAGGCGGGGAAUCCUCCAGGCACACAUCCACCACGGCACCGAAGCCUACACGCGUGGACGACGAUGUGGGCCACUACCUCAUCGGUCUGGUAGGCGAGGUCGAGGCGGCCGGCGACAGUGGACGUGAAGACUGCAAGAACUCUGAUGAAGCGGGCAACGCUGAGUCGAACUCUCGGACCAUGCUUCGCACCAUUCAUGUCGAGCUCGAAAAGACGGGAUAUGACCGUAACGAGAGAGACGUUGUCAGAGACCUCGGCAGCUUUGCAAAUGAAAUCACGCCUCUCGGGUACAAUGUCGUAAGCUCGAACCCGCAAUUCGGAAACCAGGACUUCAACAAGGGCAGCAAGAUGCGCGUCGUUGUCUACGUGAACAAGCCGUUCAUUUUCACAUUGGUUUUUGAGCUGAGGACCGACUCACUGGCUUGGGACUCGUUCUACAAAUCAUUACAUAACCAGCUAACGCCUCUCCGAAAACCGCUUCUCUCGUCUAUCCAGUACAGACCAGAAAAGCCAGACGUGGGAUCCGCAGCAUCGAACAUCUACGAUAUUAUUUGGGAUGCUGAGGCCAUGACUGUGUUGUCGACUAUACCUAACAUACCCGACCACGCGCAAAUGUCCCAGUCAAAUAGACAGCUACCGUGGUCGCGUGUUGAGGCGAUGAAUACACACAUGCAGCUUCUCAACAUAUUUAACAUUACACGGCCGGAUAUUAACCAGCUGGAGCGGACCUGCAAGACAAACCGCGGAUGGUGGGUCGUGUGGCAGCGCAUUCUGGACCGACCCGCCGCAAACUGGUACACAGAGAACGAACAGGACGACGACGACGAAGACACACCGACCUCCGAGAGCGAGGCUUCGCUGGCUAUGAGCGGCGAUGGCUCGAGCACACAAAGGCCACCUUCACUCCCCUUGCCCAGCCCAACGGUCAGCAAGGAAAUUUUCCUAAUCCGCAGGGCCAGUGACCACGCCGGCUACCGUGGCGUGAGCUCGUCGUACGCCGAGAGCGGCGGAGUGGGCGCGGGCGUGGGGUGGGGCGACGGAGCGGGCCGUCUGGCCUCGGGGAUCGGGAUCGACACACGCAAGUACAUCGAGGAGCUAUUGAAUUUUAGCCGGUAG